UGACGUAGACUCAAGAUCUUAAAAUAAGAUAUGCCAUCUCUUCCACCAAAUAAAAAUCUAGAUAGAUCAUCUCAUUCUAUCUGGCUCUCCAACAAAGGCUACUUAUUGCUGCUCUUCGUCCUCCCGUAACCAUCAACGCCUUUGAUCGGCUCAUCCUCCCCCAAUCAGCUGUAAUCUCACGAUUCACCAACUGAUAUCUUGCUUCUUGUGACCAUCGCCAGAGGUCGAGCUCCCCAGCUCACCGUGUUUAUACUGCUUUGCAUCGGGAGACACUGAAGAAGCUGUGGUUUGUCAAAUGGACUCACUUUUCAUGUGAAAUGUCAGGAGGCACAGGAAUUCAAAUCCAGGAGGCACAGAGAUGCCAGAGCAUUCCGAGAACGCGGCGGGGAACAUCAUGAGCAGCAUCGUGGACACCAUCGCCGAGAAACUCCCAAAUCAGAAAUCCGUCAGAUUCGACGACGAGGGCUCUGUCUCCAACCAGGCGAAGAGGCUGUUCGGUGGCCAGAACAGGAGGUCCGUCCAUCACGUUCUGGGCGGCGGAAAGUCCGCCGACGUGCUGCUGUGGAGGAACAAGAAGAUAUCCUCGAGCGUCCUCGCCGUGGCGACCGCGGCCUGGGUCUUCUUGGAGUGGCUCGACUACCACUUCCUGACGAUCGUGUGCUUCAUGCUUGUUCUUGGUAUGGCUGUCCAGUUUGCCUGGUCCAGCUUCGCCGGCAUGCUCAACGGGUCUCCGUCGAAUGUGCCUCGCGUCGAGUUACCGGAGGAGCUGUUUGCGAACAUCGGCGCGGCGGCCGGCGCCCAGGUGAACAAGGUCCUGGGCCUCCUGCAGGACGUGUCGUGUGGAAGAGACCUGAAGCGGUUUCUCCUGGUGAUCGCCGGGUUCUUCGCCGCCGCUAUCAUCGGCAGCUGGUGCAAUUUCCUGACUGUCACUUACAUCGGGUUCGUGUGUGCACACACUCUUCCGGUGCUUUACGAGAAGUACCAGGACCAGGUGGACGAUUUGCUCUACAACAUCCUCGGCCUGCUCCAGAAUCAGUACCAGAAGCUCGACAAGGGUGUCCUGAGCAAGGUGCCUAAAAGGAGCAGCCUCAAGAUUAGGAAGAGCGACUAGUUUAGCUCACUACUCCAUAAUCAGCUGGGUUGACCCAUUGUAUUGAUGCGCCUGUCAUAGCUGUUGAGUGAUUACUACUUGAUAUUCUGCAGUGAAGAAGCACUGGUGUAAUGCUGUUAUGUUUUACAGUGAACAAUUUAGAGGGAGAUCUCUGUUUUUUCAGAUGAAGGAAUAAAUUUUAUUCCGGUC